AUAAAUGUUUGCUAAACUUUCUCCUUCACACUAAGCCACGUCUAAAAUAUUGUUUUUAAAAUGGAUGAUUUAUAUGGCUAUAGCUAGGCAUAACUUUUUCUACAUUAAUUUUAGCAAACACAUUUUAAACUACAGCACCCAGAAAUGACUCAUGACUCAAUGUUACGAACCUUAACCCUAGUGUAUACCUUUAAUAAACCCAAAGUGUGUAUGCAUCACCACCCUCAUAUACACACUGUCUCUUUAGUGAGAGUAAAACCAUCACAACACAAAUGCUUGUCUUAAUGUGUUAUGUAACUGAAGCUCUCUAAGCUGCACAGGUUAGCCUUCAGAGGAUUCCCACAUCGUACUUUGACUAUAUAUAGCCAAACUAUUCCUGUCUGGUGUUGUCCACGGUGUCUGUCUGCGAAGUGGAUGUUGAAGCCUCAGGAAGCAACAAAUCAUGCGAAAACCCAGUCGAAUCGCAUCCCUUUUCUCUCACAAUACAGCUCAAAGACGGACUUUCUGACCUAUGUGCUGCUUUACCUGGUGAAGAUGCCUUUCCCACCUGUUACUCAGCGACAGGGCCUUCCCAGCUCUGGGAAAGAGAAACCAUUGGGUCCCUCAUCGGUCAACACAGUGGAGGAGAAGAGUUUUGUGAAGGACCGGCUAAAGAAGUUGAGCAAGAAAGCCACUCCACACAAAAGCAAACUUCCAAUCUUAACCCAGCGGCGGCUCGACUGGUGGGAAGGUAAGAACGCCGCCUUUUACGUCUCCAAGACUGAUCUUUCAUGCACCUCGGUUGCUUCAUCCCCUAAAUGUAGUUCUGGCAUUAAUGUCUCUAAAGAUGCAACAAAAUCCUACAGAAAAAAACUCGGUGUGUCAGCGACAAACAGCUCCAUCACCACAGACAAAUGUAGAUUACAGUCCUUCUCAAGAUGCUCAGGAUCAGGCCGUGGACAAAACAAUGGAGAAGCUGUGAACCUAUCAAUCAAUCUGACUCCAGAGGCCACCUUACUCCUGCAGAAGCGGAGCCACGGGAAGCAGCUCCAUACCAUCCGCGGUGGCACUGGAAAGGUUACGGCUCACCACCGGAAAGACCCCUCCGCCAAGUCAGGUUCUCGAUCCAACAUCCCUCUGGUAAAGAUCUCCCUUCUGAAUGACCGUCACCGAUAUGAUGAUGUGGAAUAUGAAGAAGAAGAUGAACCAGGUGUGGACCAGAACGUACUGCUGAAAUGUUCUGAAUGGCUGGAGGGGGUGGAGAACACAGAAGGAGUUACAGAACUGGGUAGAGAGGACAAAAUGAACAAGAAGACUAUCUACUGUUACAGAUGAAA